CCUGUUCUGUCUUUCCGCUCUUUUUCUUUUUCUCCACUCCACCUCCUCCACACCCAUUUUAUUCUCAUCUCGAAGUCAGUAGAUUUGUUCUACGAACACGUGAAGUGUGCGCGUUUGAAAGUUCUUAGCGGCGCCAAAAACUAAAGAAAAUAGUGACUACACAUAUUAGUGCCAAUUGGAUAUACUGAGUAUUUUUCAUCUAAGAUUAUACAAAAUUGAAUUAUUAAAGUUUGUCUUGUUAUGAGGGCACCCUAGCUAUGAAUGUCUUCGAAGGUUAAUAAAAAUGUAGCCUGCAAUGAUGGAACAGGUCGAAACUCCUCGGAUACUGGGCAGAUUUGGACCCAUAAGAGAUUUUGGGUUAAUGCUUUCUCAACAUGAAGCGUUGAGACGCGCUACUUUGUUGAAACAUCGGAAGGUAUCAACUCAGCUGAAAUUGGACAUGGUGCAGCGGCAGCUAUCUGACCUCCGGAGGACAUCUCCAGAUUCCGACAGUGAUCGUGAAUUCUACAGACAACAGAUGACAGAACUUUCCAAUGAACUUCACGAUCUGGGUUCAACCCUCGAUCGUGUAGAAAGAAACGCUUUUUACGCCAAACGUCGAAUGUUGAGACAAAAUGGCUUGGAUAUCUCUAACAGUGAUGGAGCCAUAUCUUUGUCUUCUUCACACCCGGCUCUCUAUUCCUCUUCAGAAAAUCUGAGUCGAACUUCAUCCAGAAGUAGUCUAAAAUCUAAAGUUUGCCACUUGAUGUCUUCUCCAAACUUUAAAAUGAAAAAGAAACAUUUGUGGGGAGAACUGAGAUCUGUGGCUUCACUUUCAUCCCUUAAUAUCAAGUCUGGUUCUCCCAGCAGCGAAGAAGACGGUUCUUCUGGGAAAGACACAAAAGCUUGGAAAGCUCCUUUGAGAUUUUUAGGAAAAAUGGUAGAUUCCAGAUUUCGAAAAAAAUUCUGGAAUCCAGCUAAAAGGACGAAAUCUUGUGAUAACAUUGUCGACAACAACAACGGGGAUGAACCUGGUGCACUCACCAACUUUGAACUUAAAAACUGUAAGAGCUUUGAUUCGCCCGAAGUAAAAUGCCAUAUCGAUUCUUCAUCAUCAUCUUCCUCUGAAUCCAGUGACGAAGAAGCUGAAGAUGACUGGAAGUUAAAGCCUAUUCCUAAAUACACAUGUAAAGCACCAGUCAUGAGAAGAAUUUCCAGUAAUAAUAAUAAUAAUAACAAUAACAACAACAAUAAUAAUAACGUGAGAGGCCAGGUAGAUCCAGCAAUUAUGGCAGAAAUAGAGGACUUUGAGAAAAUGGCUGCUCUGUACAUUAAGCAACAUUCUUAGCGGAAUUUCAAAACUACUGCUUUUACCUUUUAAGAAUAUAUUGAGAAUGAAUUUAUAUAUUUCAUCAUAUUCAUCGUCAAUAUUGUAAUAUUAGUGAUUAAAAUCUUAUUUAAUUAGCUAAAAUUUUCCAAAUAUUAAAACCAAAAUAUGCAGUUUGUACCUUUGUCUCACCAAGUGGAAAACUUUCUGUGAGAAAAGGCAAAUUGUUUUCCAGAAUAAAGUUUUUUCUAAAACGUU